UGUUGUAAGGCAGGAGGGAGACAGUUCGUAACUGUGCCUUCUGACAUGCGUUUCCACGUUAUUAUCGCCGCUGUCCUUUGGUGUGGUUUCGCAGACUCGCGGAAAAUAAGAGGAGUCGCUCCGUCCUACAAGCGGUUCUACAGGCAGAGGAAGUCCUUUCUGUGCAUUCAUGGGUCCAAGAUCAUUCCCUUUGAGCAGGUGAACGACGACUACUGUGACUGUGAUGAUGGCUCUGAUGAACCAGGCACCUCAGCCUGCCCUCGUGGCCGAUUCUACUGCACCAAUCUGGGUUUUCGCCCACACUACAUCCCGUCAUCGCGAGUCAACGAUGGCAUCUGUGAUUGCUGCGAUGCUUCAGAUGAAUACAACAGCCACGCUCACUGCCAGAACACUUGCUGGAAUCUGGGACAGAGAGAGAGAGCAUACGUGGCGGGCCAGAUGAGGACCUUGGACGAGGGUUUGCAACUCAAGCAGCAACUGAUUGAGGAGGGACUGUUGCUCUGGAGAGAAAAUCAGGCUCAGCUCAGAGAGCUUCAGCAGGUAGCCGAGGACCUACAGAUCAAAUUAGAGGAGCACAGAAGGAAGAAACACAAGGCCGACCGACUCAAAGAGCAAACAUUAAAGGGGCUGCAAGCAGGGGACAGCAGUCUUUUUAAACGUCAGAACAGCACUGUAAUCAGCACUUUCCAGUUACUGGACAGCAAUAACGAUGGCAGUAUAACUGUGGAUGAAGUCCAGGCUAAAGUGGCACUUGUCCAUGAUGAAGAGCGGGUUCUCUCUGAGGAUGAAGCAGUGGCCUUGUUGGGAGGAGGCGAUCAGAUGGAUCUUACCAAGUUUCAGCACACACUCUGGGACAUCCUGACAAAGGGAGACAGUGUCAAGAUCAAAGACGCACAUGGGGCACCAGGCGUGGGUGAAGAUCCUCACUUAAAGGCAGCUGACAGAGCUGCAGAGUGGGAGGCUACCAAUCUGAAGAAAGUAGAAGAAGCCUAUGAGACAGUCAACAUGGAAAUAAGUGAUCUCCGGAAAAAACUGGCCAUAGACUAUGGACCAGAUUGGGAGUUUCUGUUUUUGAACAGCCAGUGUUACAAGCUGAACGUAUAUGGGUAUACUUACACCCUGUGCCCAUUCAAUCAAGUCACACAAAAGAGUACCGCAGGAACGGAGGUCUCGUUAGGGAGGUGGGGGAUGUGGGCAGCAACACCAAAGCACCAGUACAGUCAGAUGGUGUAUGAGAAUGGAGAACCCUGCUGGCAAGGAGGCUCACGCAGUACUACAGUCACGCUGACAUGCGGAACAGAGACAGCCUUGCUAUCGGUGAAGGAGCCCAGCAAAUGCCAGUACAUCAUGGACUUUCAGACUCCUGUGGCCUGUCAGCCGGUGCUGAAGCAGCGGGGCAUACACAGUGAACUGUGACCCCUUCCUUUACUGGCCUAGUCUAGAUUAAUUUAGCCCCCCUCGGCUAGCCCUGGGUGACAGGCUGGGGUCCUGAGGGUCCCCUCUGACAUCUGUGUUGUCAGAACAUAUAUACUUCCAAGCAAGACUUACUAAGGUCAGAAUCUGAUUUUCUGUACCACUGCACCGAGUUUUUCAUAAAUUGUGACAGAGUUGCUUCAUAUUGUCACUUGUUUGAAUACAGCGUUUAAUGAAUGACUUAGUUGAGACAAGUAUUAUUCAAAUUGCACUAUAUUCUUUACAUGGGUUUACACUUAAAGCGAUUACUAUGUAAAUAAUUGAAUAAAGUGAAACUAGAUAAAUUACAACAAUGACAGUCUCAUGAAUAAGCAGUUAUUUAGUCGCAGUGUCCUUCUAUUUCAUUAUAAACCAACGUUAUGUUGAUCCUCUAUAGUAUUGCCUAAUGACACGUAAUGUUGUUAUCUGACACUGACAGGUUUAGACUUUCCUUCAUUAUGAUAAACAUGAAGUUUAUUUACACUAAAUGUGUAUUACUCCACAGCUGAAAUGCACCAUUUAAAUGUGCUCGGACUGCAGUGUCCAGCUGUUUUAUUGACUUAGCCUUUUAAAUAAAACGAUAUAUAUUUGUGACUCGUUAUUGCCAAUUUGUAUUUAUUUUUUUAUCAACUAAAAGAACAAAUAGCCGACAGGUUAAGGAAGUUCGGAAGUAUUAAGAGACGUUUUGCUUUGGUCUUUCCAAGAUGUUCAUGGUAUUUUCUUGUUGACAAAGUGAGCCGCGUUAUAUUUCACUAUAUUAACAUUAUUUUAAAGUGCAACCACUGUAACUGCUGUAUCAAAAAACUCAUUCAUAAGCACAAAUAAAACUACUUCUUACUUUA